GCGCGAGUCAAAUUCUGGAAGGAAAAAUUCCCUUCCCUUCCCUCACAUACAGUAUACCCACGCGACCUUUUUUUAAGAAAAAAAGCCUAUUUGCCCCCGAUUGACCAUACAAAUGCCACCCAAACGCAGGCACACCAAAUCUCGGAACGGAUGCAUGACUUGCAGAAGGCGGAGGGUGAAGUGUGAUGAAAUCAGACCGAUAUGUACAAACUGUACCCGCCGGGAACUCGAUUGUAUCUACACUGCUUAUUGCCCUCCCGGUCGACCUGGGAUCUCUCGUACCCAUUCGUCUGCUUGUGCUUCAUCUUCUUGUACCUCAUCCUCUUGUACUUCUUCAUCUUCUUGUACCUCAUCUUUAUUAUGUACUUCGUCUUCCAGCUCUUCUUCUUCCCUUCCUUCUUCACAGGUCGUCUCUUCACGGCUACGGAUUCUUCCGCUGCAGCAGUCUCAUAUCCCGGCUUUGUCUAAGCCCCGCAGAGGUGGUGGUGGCACCAGCAUUUCGGCACCAACCCCGCUAGCGGCUCUCACAAGGCAAUUGGAUUCGAUUCUUAUUGGCACCCGGUCGGGGACCCCUUCUCCUCUUGCCCGCAUUUCAUUAUCGAAAAAGGACUUGGACAACCUGAGCCUUUUGCACCACUUCACAAUACGGACAUACAGCUCGUUAACAAAUGACAAAUCCGUCGAAGUGUAUCGGACCGAAAUUCCAAGGAUAGCUCUACAAAAUGAAUUGACCAUGAAUGCACUUCUCGCAGUUACAGCACUGCACAUGAGCAUUACGGUGGAAGAACCCGUAAUCGUGUCACACUACCAGAUGAUUGCAGCAGGCCACUACGAUCAAGCCCUACGUUCUUUGAGGGCAGAGAUUCGCGAGCGACCAAAAAGCGGAGACCACAUUCUUGCAGCGAGCACACUGAUAGCGUUCUACGGCUUCGCCUGCAAAAUGACUAGCGGCGAAGCUAGCCAGGUUCCGAGGGUGAUCGGGUGGAUACCCCUCUUCGAUGGUGUGCACGCCAUAAUCAAAGAAUGGUGGCCCUUGGUCAUUCAGGGUGACUUAAAGCCCCUCCUCGACCAGGCCAUCACACGGACGGUUGAAGACGGUGACUUUUUAACCCUCCCUCCAUCCCUCACCGCCCUAGUCCUCGAGGCACUCCCCACCUCGAACGUAGCACACGGCGACAGCGACGAGGUAAUCAUCGAUGCCGCCACAGCGGCCGUCUAUCAACGCGCACUGAAGCACCUGAAAAUAGUCUGGAACAACUUCUGGGCAACCGGGUACAAACUGGCCACUGCCUGGCAAUUCAUUUCCCACGCGCCAGCGAAGUACACCCACAACCUCCAGCAGUAUAAACCACGCGCGCUAGUGAUAUUCUGUUACUUUUUGUGCAUGGUGAAGAAGCUGGAUGGGUUCUGGUGGGCCAAGGGAAGCGCCCGGGAGACGUUUCUCGAUAUUGAGAAGAAGCUGGACGCUAGAUGGGAGCCGUGGCUGGAGUGGCCCAGGAAUAUUAUCCUGGGGGAUUGCGAGGUUGUAGGGAGCCAGUCGUGA